CUUUAGUGAUGCUAGAGACUUAUCAUAGAUUGUGCUUAUGGCAUAUUUAUCAAAAUGCUCUUAAAAAUCUUAAUCAUCUAUUUAAGAGCCAAAAAACCUUCAAUGCUGAUUUUAGAAGUUGCAUAUAUGAUGGUGAGUAUGAAGAGGAGUUCAUUAGUGCUUGGGAGAAUAUGUUGGAAAAAUAUGAUCUUCAAGAAAAUGAAUGGUUGCAAGAUCUAUUUAAAGUGCGAGAAAAGUGGGCUAUGGUGUAUGGGAGAAAUACAUUUUCUGCGGGUAAGAAAAGUACACAGCUUAGUGAGAGUUUCAACUCUCUUUUAAAAGAUUAUUUGAAGUCUGAUUUGGACAUAGUACAAUUUUUCAAACAUUUUCAAAGGGCUGUUGAUGAUGUCCGUUAUAAUGAAGUUUGUGCAAACUAUGACAUGAGCCAAAAAAUUCCCACUUUGAAGGUUAAUGUUCCUUUGUUGAGACAUGCCAGAGAUAUCUACACAGGAGCUGUUUUUACUAUGUUCCAAGAUGAGUUCGAAAAGUCAUUGAUGGUGGUUGUUGACACUUUUCAUCAAAGUGGACCAGUUUCUACAUAUAAAGUUCAUAAUUGUGAAGGUUCUAGGCAACAUACAGUUACAUCUUCAAAUGGUUUGAUUACAUGUAGUUGUAAAAAUUUUGAGUUUGUUGGAAUUAUGUGUAGCCAUAUUUUGAAAGUACUCGAUGAGAUGAAGAUUAAGUUGAUGAUCCCUGAACAAUUCAUAUUGAAGAGAUGGACCAAGAAUGCAAGGGCUGGAACUGUCUUGGAUAUUCAUGAGUGUGAGGUACAAAGUGACCCUAAGCUAGAAAUGCGAGCUCGUUAUAGAAAUUUAUGCACCACUUAUGUUAGAUUGAUGGGUAAAGCUGCUGAAUCUAAAGAGGCAUCUGAUUUCCUUCUAAGUCUUGCAAGUGAGUUAGAUGCAAAACUAGAAGAAUAUUUAAAGAUUGAAUCCCCGUGUGAGACCCUUACGCCUUCCUCAAUGUCUUGUGAAAAUCAGGUCAUCAAGAGCACAUGUACCAUACAAGCAAAAGGUUUAAAGAGAAGGGAAGUUUCGCGUGGGAGAAAACGGUUGAAAGGAUGUCUUGAAAAGGGAAAUAAAAAAAAUAGAAGCAAAAAAGUCCAAACUCUCGCAUCUAGCUUAACUCCUCCAACCACAUGUUCCACCACCAUGACAUAAACCCCAGGGAAGGGAGUGAUGCCCAAAAAAAAAAAAAAAUCCUUUUUUUGUACAGCCA